AUGCGUUGUUCAAUCUGCCACCACUCGUACAAGUACGAAGUCCAAACAAGCUGGCUGGUGUUCGAGAACCAGUGUGGUUGUGAGUGUCAUACUUACCCUGGGAGAUAUCCCAAGGCCAUACCGGGGUCCUUUCCCGACGACGAGUUUGUCACGGUACCGCUCGACGAAAAGGCGAACAGCGAAGGACAGAAGGUGCUUGCCGAUAGAAGAAGACGUCAGGCACAAGAAGCAAAAGAGCGAGCUGCGGAGGAGCGCGCCAGGGCUGCGUGGGACUCCCAGGAGCCCAUGCCCGAGGAACAACCCAAAACAGUACGCAUCAGGGCGCCGUAUGUCGACAGCCCGCCGUUCAAUCGCUCGACCGUCUUCGUCCGUCGGCAGACUAAUUCACUCCCUCAUCUAACCGAAUAUCGCCGGUCAGGUUUCGAGACACGGGGAUAUGUCAAUCAGCUUCCGUACCGCCGCGUCCCGAAUUGGUCGCGCGAUUCGCGCUGCACUGACCGCCGCAAAACGGGGCUUGAGAAGCUUCGUGAGAGAAGCAGUCAGCUCCGGGCUCUCCAAAGAGGUGCGCAGAAUGGUCGCAUGGUAUAA